CUUCCAUCUAUAUGGGGGGGAGGGGGCAUGUUUAUGUUUUUGGGGCUCUUGCUGCAGCACGAGCCCUGGUUUCCAUGGAGUCAUACCCGACAACUCGUUGGGAACUGAGGCAUGCCAUUCUUCUCCCCGCUGCCGAAAUGCGGCGGUUAUUCUGACUCAGGCUAUUGUGGAAACGCACAAGUGGCUCUCAGAGGAGAAGGGGAUGCAGAGAGAAAGGGUGGGGUCAGGGUUCAAACGAAAGGCUCCCAUCGGGGCUCCCUUUCUCUUAUCAAAUUUGUUGAAAGACAAAAAGAGCUACAGUCUUGUUCCUCGGGCCAUCUUGAGGAGAGGAGAGGGGUUAUAGGACGGCAUUCCUCAAGUCAGAGCAUCAGUUCUUUCUCUGAGUGGGAGAUAAACUCCUCAUCUUCACUUUGCUCCACACGCUGCUCCCUGCUCCACACAGACUGCUGCACUCCUCCGAAACUAAACAUGGAUUCGUCUACAGCUGCAGAGCCAUCGUUGCCGUCAAAUCAGUCAUCAGAGAGCUGUGCAGCAGCACAGACCGCCACCGAGAACCAGCUCUUUGGAUGGUUCUACAUGGUGGUCUUUGUCCUGGCCCUCGGUGGAAAUAGUUUGGCUCUCUGGAUCUUCUCCCGUCAGCGUGGGGUUUCCUCACCCGCCAAUGUCUUCCUGGUUCAUCUGGCUGUGGCAGACCUAUCCUACGUGAUCAUCCUCCCACUCAGAGCAAUCUACCACUUCACUGGAGGUCACUGGCCUCUGGGUGAGGUCCCCUGCAGGGUGACGGGCUUUUUGUUUUAUGUCAACAUGUACGCCAGUCUGUAUUUCCUGGCUUGUGUGGCGGGAGACCGUUACCUGGCUGUGGUUCACGCUGUGAGGUCAAUGAAGCUUCGCCAAGGUCGAUAUGCUCACAUCGUCAGCUUCUCUCUAUGGGUCUUGGUUACUGUCUCCAUGGUGCCACUGCUGGUCACCCAUCAGACAGCACAGGUGGACAACACAACAGUGUGUUUGCAGCUGUAUCGAGAGAAGGCCUCCCGCAAAGCUCUGGUCUCUCUGGCUGUGGCUUUCACCCCGCCGUUCCUGGCCACCCUGUCCUGCUACCUGCUCAUCAUCCACAGCCUGCAUCGGGGCUCCAGGCUGGAACCUGCCCUGAAGCUGCGGGCCCUGCGUACCAUCGGCGCAGUCAUGCUCAUCUAUGUGGUCUGCUUCCUGCCGUAUCAUCUGAGCAGAGCCACCUUCAUCCUUGGUUACAGCCACCCAGACGUAUCCUGCCAAACACGCAGAGCCCUGAGCAUGGCUAAUCGCCUCACCUCCUCUCUCACCUGCCUGAACGGCGCUAUGGACCCUCUGGUGUAUCUGUUUGGGGCAGAGAAGUUCCGCAGCACACUGAAACGUUUGUUUUGUAAAGACAAGGCGGGGAUGACUGGGGCCACCAGCGGAGACUUAAAGGGAACACAUGAGAGCUCUCUGAGUGCUAAGUCUGAGUUCUGAAUUAGACGCAAAAGACACAUAAAACUGCUUUGUUCUGACCCCUUGUCUGGACGUUAAGGACCUUAGCCUGAAUUAAGAAUGAUAAAAGCAUAAAUUAAAGUCCAACAUCCAGUUUUCACUCUGGAUCUAAUGAACCCUUUAAAAAAUCUCUUUAUUUUAUAAUUAAAGUUUGAUAGAAAAAACUUGUUUAAAAGGGAAAAAAAGGACAUAACGCUUUUUAAUUUCACUGUCUGUUUCAGUCCAAUUUGGUCCUCAUCUCAAUUAAUUUCUUUAAAUUAAGACAAUGGCGGCAAAAGACGUCCAUGUAGUUCUGCUUGAGCCCCCAGAGGAGCGGCAACAGGUCUGUGAAAGUCAGCUUCCGUACGGGGGAGCUGGGUUUGUGGCUCUAAGAUUUGAUGUAGGGAUGAAAGAUAGUCAAUGAGAUGUUCCAGCUGUGGGACUCAAGGCCAAAAGCAAAAUAGCACACAGAGAUGUGCAAUAUUUUGUGCUUGUAAGACAACAUUUUUGACACAAUGCCAAUGUGCUGUACAACAGAUAUUCUAUGAAGGAGGCUGAGGUCUCCAGUGUUUAGGCCCUAUACUGUAUUUUCCUAAAAGGAGCCAUCACCCAAACUUCUAAUCCAAUUCAGUUUAUUUAUGUAGUGCCAAUUAAAGACACAUGUCAUCUGUAGGUCCUUUACAGAGACAGUUUGAUAAGAAUAAACAGGUUUUCUAUCUAAAUGAUACCAGCCAACUGCAUCCAGUAAUUUAAUUUGCAGGAUUCACUUCAUCUGCAUAAGCAUUUGAUUAUUGUAGAUGUUUGCUUGCAGUGGGUUGGUGACUGCAGUCCGUCACACUGAGCAUGCAUGCUCAAAAGCAGAGAGAAAAACUUAAUUUCAACAGCAAGAAACCUCCAGCAGAACCAGGCUCAGAAUGAGCGGCCAUUUGCAGAGGAGGAUCUUUUUU